GUCAGUUUGGCGGAAAGCAGCAAUCGACAACGGUUUUAUUAAUUCUGCAAAUAAGAGCAAAGUCGGCAACUCUGUUUAUUUUAUCGGUUCUGUAAACAGGAAAAGAAAGUUUAGGAUAGAGGUAGACGUAUAGGUGAGUCUUAUCAGAAGAAGCAUUAAAGUUUUAUUUUCUCUCUGUCCUCAUUCCAAGUCUUUCUGUUGUUUAAAUGUAAACGGUAAGUGGUGUAUAAUAAAAAAAGCAAUAAAAUCUAUAUGUGGAAAAAUAUUUAGACGCGUAUGAUUCAGGAGACGUCACUUUUUAUUCGAUCGAUACAUAAACGGAGUAUGAACGCUCGUGCUAUCGAUUCGUUUUGGAUGACAAAGAAAAUACUAUACUUGUUUUGUUUUUGGUCAUGUGACAAGGCAAAAGUUUUAUUUUAUGCGGCUUGUAGUUGUAAUUUGUAAAAGAGAAAGCCGAAAUCAGUAGACCUUUGUAAUACUUUAAUAUAUAAUUUAUAGUCAAACUAUAGUUCAAUCGAUAGUCUAUGUCUAUUAAGAAAAGAAUGGCUGAGUAAAGAGUAGAAUAAAAGAAAGAGAGGGAAAAAGAGGAGAAUGGGUAAUCAAUUCGAUCCUAUAGAUGGCAUUCUUAUCCUACUGUGAUUAGAUAUUCAACGCUCCUUAUCUUACACGCUAUUAUUCUUACUCCCUAUUCGAACUGGCGUCGACCCUUUUCCAGAUCUGCGACCCUAGAUAAAGGAAUGUGGCAAUCUUAGUUAGGCAACUACUAGCGCCCUUUAGUAUUCAAUAGUGUUAGCAAAGGGCGCGUUGUAAAAAAAAUAGAGACAGGGGGUAAAGAGGGCGAAAAGAAAGAUAUAUUGAUUAUAUCAUUUGCACUCUACUAUACCGCCUUGUUAUUUCCUUUACGGUUAAAUUUCUCGGCCUCUACUCUACUCGAUUGCUUGAAACGACGGCUUUUUUCAUUUGCUAGGAGAUUCAUUUAUCAAAAAAUGAGUGAAACAAUAAGGAAAUAGUAAUUCAUCGUUACAAAAAAUAAGAUUAAUCAAUCCCGCAAGAAUUCUGUUGCUUAUUUCGAGGAAGGCAGGGGGCAGGCCCUCUUAUAGGCCGCCAUUUUUUCUUCUAGAAAGAUGGAGAGAAACAAUUCUAGGUCAUUUUAUCAUUUUUGUUGCAAAUAUUUUAUACCUUUUUUAUCAUCUUUUUUUCCCAUAGUAUUAUUAGUCUCUGCACGAUCACAAAAAAUAAUCUUUUAUUCCCAACCUUAAACAGUUCUCCCCUACACUCCAUCCAUAAAUAUUUGUGCUGCGUUAUGCCGGUUCUGUCAUCGCCCGCUUCCCUUCAGAAUUUCACGGAUGCUAGUAAGUUUAUCUCUCUCUUUCUUAGAUUCUUUAGAUCAUGAAUAAUUUAUACAAAAAAGAAGAGAAAGUCUUCUUUUAUCCAUUCAACCUAUUAUGUUAUUAUCAAAACAUCAUGUUUAGAAUAAUUUUAAGACUAAGAGUGUCCCAAUUGGACUACGAAGGCUGUAACUGUAUUUCCAAAUACAAAGAUAAAACCCAAAGGGAUAUAAAAGAGAAUAAAAAAUGUAAGAACCCUUUUCCCCUAGGUGUUCAAAAACUACUCAACUGUCUUCAAGAGUUACAUCUAAAAGCAUCCGGGAAUGAAAUUGAUCUACUUUUCUUAAGCAAUCUACUUCAGGGCGAGGAUUUCCAAGGGUUAAUGAAGAUCCACCAACAGGUUACGGCUCCUCAAUUCUCCGAGCACAAGCCAACGCAUUCCAGCGCGUCCAAAAUGGUUGCAAAUGUGGUGGAGGACCUGCAUGCUAUACCCCCAACUGCAGAGGCCAGAGAAUUAAUGACCCUCCUGUGCAGUUUCAGUUUUCAAGGUCUAUUAGAAGCGCAUGAUGGCAUUGCGGCCAAGGCAUUUUCGCCUGUUUUACCGGAAAUACCACAUAAAGUCGACGAAGAUGAAGUUUCCGUCAAAAUUCUAAAGCUAUUGAAAGCUCCCAAAGAGCCACUCGGUGCUACAAUUAAGAAAAAUGAAAAAACCGGCUGCAUCCACGUGGCUAGAAUAAUGAAAGGGGGAGCAGCCGACAGAAGUGGUGUUAUUAGCGUUGGUGACGAAUUAAGAGAAGUGAAUGAUGUUUGUACGAGGAGUAUGGAUCCUAAUGAAGUUGUCUCUUUACUAACAAACCCAACAGGGCCACUCAUCCUGAAACUCAUCCCUGCUGAUAGUGAUAUUGCAAUACGAGAAACUCAUAUGAGAGUGAAGGCUUGUUUCGAGUUUGAUCCUAAAAAAGAUAGCACAAUACCUUGUAAGGAGGCUGGUUUAGCUUUCAAGCGUAACGAUAUAUUGCAUAUUGUAAGUCAGGAAGAUGGAACUUGGUGGCAAGCUAGACUAGACAGUGAUUCUUCAAAACGAGCCGGUUUAAUACCUAGUAUUAAACGUCUUGAAAGACAAGAAGCAGCUAAAACUUUAGUUAAUACUCCCGAGUGCGAAAGAAAAUUAAGUACAAAAUUUAGCCCAAAAAUUGGAAAGAGAAGGAGAUUUAAAAAGGAUCAAGAAGUUUCCGAUGACGUAAUCAUACCAACUUUUUACGAAGAAGUUGAUAAGUUUACACCAGAAAAAAGCAGAAACAUCUUAUUAGCUGGUCAUGCUUUAUCAGGAAGGGAUGAGAUUCUAUCCCGAUUACAAAUCAAAUUGAAUAAUAGUAAAUACAAAAUUCCAACCAGAUAUUCCACUAAUCUACAACCUAAUUGUUCGAUGCUGCCUAAGGAAGAUAUUGAUCGAUUGCAACAAGAAAAGCUGCUAAUCGACUUUCUGGACAGGAAACAAUACUCAAUCUGCAGUAAACUCGAGGAUGCAAGACAGAUAAUCAAGAAUGGAGAUGCACUAUUAUGCUCCGUCAAUCAACAGGGUUUGAAAUUAUUGAGAACGGCGGAAGUUAAACCUUUUGUUAUAUAUAUAAAACCGCAUAGUACGGACUGUCUUAAAAGCAUGCAUAAAUCAGUUUUACGAAGUCCUGGUGCCAAGAGGUUAAAUGAUGAUGGAAUAGAAGAGGUCAUGGUAGACUCAUCCUUAAUGGAAAAUUCAUAUGGACACUUUUUUGAUAGAACUGUUUUAAAUCGGGAUAUUCAAGCCAGUACUGAUGAAAUUCUAAAUAUAAUUAACCAAGCAAAUACAACGCCUUGCUGGGUGCCUAGCGUAUGGAUGCAAUAGACUGAUAAUUCAUUGCAGUUGCAGCUUUAUCCUUUCAUAUCGAAUAGUAAUUACUGAGAUGCCAAAUAAAUUAUAGAAUCUUGUUUUUCUUAAACAAGUGGUAUUCCUCUAAAAA